AUGGUGGACCUCGACUACUCUCGGCUGCCGCUGGUCUUCUGUGGAACAACAUCCGGUGACAUUGUGGUGGUCCACGGACGGACCGGAGUCUUUCAGUUCACGGUGCCAGGUAAACCUCUUCCGCUGGGAGUGACGGCUUUAAGUUAUGUACGUAUGUGGAAAGAAGAAGUGUUCUGUGUGUUGGUUGGAACUGGGGAAGGCAAGGUUGGCUACUACACCAUUACACGCGAUGUUGGCUCUGACAGAAAGGUAACCGGCAUUAUGAAACUACGCGAAGGCAAGAAACAAUGGCAAGACGAGCGAGAGAGCACAUCCAUCACUUCCAUCUCAAAGAUAGGUGAAGGAAACAGCUUCUUCGUGGGCACCAAGGAUUGUAAGAUCUACAGAUUCAACAUGGAGAAGUGGAAAGCAGAGCUCAUGCGAACCUGCAGCCGGACAGCGAUCAGAGCCAUGGCGUUUCCUAGAGGAACUGACGAACUUCUGGUGACGGGGGAGCAUGCGAUGGUCAGAGUUCACAACCUGAAACAACUGUUGGAAGUUCGAAGGUACAUCCGGGUCAACCGCACAUGCAAAGCGCUGGCCGUGAACCACGACGGUACGCAGAUCUUCAGCGGCUGGGAUGACGGCACCACGAUCGUCCUCGGGUUUGCUCCUAAAGACCUCAGUCUCAGUGAGCUCUACAGGAUACAGUGUACACACAAGCAGGCAGUGACAUCUAUUGACCUGACCUCCAAGUCGGAUGUUCUGGUCAGCGGCGGUGACGACGGUCAGUGCCGAGUCUGGAGACUUGUCGACGACCUGGACACCAGGGGGAAGAGGCUUCGACAGGGCCUGCUGCUGUAUCACUUGACCAGCCAGACUGGGCCCAUCACAAAAGUGCAGGUCUCAGAAAACGACGAGAUGUGCGUGUCUUCAAGUGUGGACGGCUCCGCUGUCUUGUAUGAGCUGAGCAGGGGACUUAAGAAGGGAGGAGUUAAAGUUGACCUGGGUCUAACGUCUGUCAGUUUCUGCAGCAAUGACCUCCAUCUAAUCACGUGUGGAGGGGACGGGAAAAUCUACUUCUGGGAGAUAAAAUCUGGCGAGUGUCUGCGCAUAGUGGAUGGCUGUAGCUACGGGGGCGUCUUUUGUCUGGACGUGGAGAAGAAGGACAAAAAACUGUUUGCGUGUUCAGGAGAAGAUCGCUUGGUUAAGCUGUGGUGCCUGGACGAAGCCAGAGUCUCACACAUUGGUCAAGCUCACAGCGACAUAGUUCUCAAGGUGAAGUUUGGGCCUUGCGGUACUGUCCUAGUUUCUGGCGCCAAGGAUGGCUCAAUCUGUGUCUGGGACGUGCCCAAAGUAGAAUGCGGAUAA